GACGCCAGUCCAUCACAGGGCACACACACUCCCACCAGUGCCAGUUUUCCCAGAAGCCAAUUAAUCUACCAGCUUGUCCUUGGACUUUCCUGGGAGGAAACCCCAUGCAUACAAACUCCACCCAGAUAGCAGCCUAGGUCAGGAACUGAACCCAGGACCCAAGCGUUGCAAGGCGGAAAUGCUAACCACUGCAUGACUGUGCCACCCUCUGGGAAACGGCUCGGGACCGGGGGUAAAAUGGUAUCGUUAUGGCACCUUACUACACCUAAAAUAACUAUUUUCCUUUGCAAAGGACAGAAAUGUUCUUAGUUCCAGAUCUCUGUGUUAUUGUAGUGUACUGUAAGACGCACGCCGGCCAGCUCUGCCACGGAGGGGCCGGCGCACAUCUGUCUGGGAGCACGGACUUCUCUGCCAGCUCCUCUUCCCAGUCCCAUCACCAGCUGCUGCUGCUGCUGCAGGGGCUGUGAGCCUGGAGCUGUGGAGGCGCCUCUGGAUUCGCCUGUACAGCCCUCCUGUAGCGCUUGAAAGGGGGGGGGGAGGCUAUUUCAUCUCUUUGUAAUUUCGUCAAUGAGAAUGGCAGGGCCCCUCUUUUACAACUGCACCUGCAGUCCGUCCUCAGUCAUGACAUCAUCCAGCUUCGUUUUCUUGACAGACUGCGCUAAGCAGGAGCUGGUUUGCAAAUCUAGCGAAAGCACGUUCUUCGUGCUUGACAGAUGGGGAGUAUUUUUCAUCAUACUCCCAGCAGACCUGCUACCCUUGGCGGAAGUAGCACUGGUGCAAUUCGCGGUGCAGCUGUGCGGCAGGAGCGCCGUCGUGGUGCCGGCACAGACUUGAGCAGAGUGAGAAGUCGUGUCGGGUUUGGGAUCUGAGCCAGUUUUCACAUUACAGGGUAUCCCACAGCUCCUGCCCUAUCAGAGCCUGUUGCCAGGCAGGCGUGCUCUCGGCGAGGGGACGCGCCGCAUCCCCGUCUCUUCCUCGAUCCCUCUUCCUCCGUCUCUCGCACGGCCUCCUGCCCCGCCGCCCUGUGGAACACCGACUCUCGCUGCGCUGCCAUGGAAACCGCUCAUGUGACUCACCUAUUAAUAAAGCCAGCCAGCCGGUGUAUCGGGGCGGCCUGGCUGGAGGUUCCUGUGAGAUUUUUACUUUUAAAGGGCCCGGCAGCACAACGUGUGGUUUUGCACUCCUCCCCCCACCACACACACAGAAUCGACUGCAGCUUCUAUACGGGGGUGUUUCUGUGUGCAUGAACACUGACAGAAACGCGCGUGUUUCAUCUGCAUCACACUAUCCUGCACUGUAGCGCACAGAAUCGCCCCAUUUCUCUUCCUUGACACAAAGGCAGCCGAGCCUCUCGUUAAACACUUGCCACCUCUUGAAUAGCAGAAGCAGCACUGGCUGGGGAACAGUUUUGGUAAUCGCUCCGAAGAGACAAAAAAAACAACAACAAAAUAUAUGGCAACGGUUACAAGUGGGAAAGCAUCCUUCAGUUGACCUGGCUCAUUCCUGUCACUCUUAGUUACUCGCUCCUAGGAUCUCCUCCAAGCUUGCUCCACACACCCACAACCCCACGUGUAAAAAAAAAAGGAACCUCCUGCUCUCGGUUCUUUUAAAUGCAGUUCUGUCCUUGGGGUGAGGCUGUCUGUUCAGGCCGACUCCAGGAAGAACAGAACGCCGCUUGUCGAACUAUACAAUCUGCACUUUUGUCGGAGGGCCGCUUUCCGGAAUUCAGCUGGGCUGAAGCCAAGCACCGCCCUGCCUCACAUGAAGAGCUUAUGCACCGGGAGCGGAGGGGAGGGAGGAGGCAUGAGUGUUAAAAACCGGGCUGUUCUCAGCGAAAGGUUACAGUACAGGUCGGGUUCGUCUAAAGCUCUUCCAACAGAGCGCGGUUACACGUCAGCUCCGUCGUGACCACGCUGGAGGUGCCUCAUCAUCCGGAGCUACCACCAGUUAGCGUGUAAACCCGCAGUGACCGGAGGGCGGAUCCGGUCGCCCGCUCUCCGACAUGCGUGCGUGCGCGGGCGGCUGUGUGCGUGUCUGCGCAUUCACAAAUCCUUCUCGAUUGAGUUCACUCAGGAACUAACUGGGCCCGAAGCGCCGGGGGACGAGAUUCCACUUUUUAUUUUUAGUCUGGCACCGAAAGAAAAGUGGGGGGCGGGGGCGGGGGGGGAGAGCGAGUUCCCUUUAAGCGGAGGCUCGCUGUGUCCCACGGCUCCGCCCCGCUUCACGUUGUUUCUGACUGCGAGGAGCGAGGCGAUCCCCGCGCCCCGCGCCGCGCCCUGCCUGGUGCAAGGGGGCUGGCUGGAGAUCUGCAUUUCAAGCGUCGGGAAAGCACCCCGGGACACAGGGCUUUGUGUGGAGUGGAAGCACGAGCGCCGCGGUCCUGCGUGCGUGUAACCCGUGCCUUUCCCGAGGCAGCGGGCCCCUGCAAAACACGGGCAGAGGCACAAAGUCUGCAAUACAAGUCACUGAAGUCACCGCCGCGGUGUCGAAAAACCAGUUUCCCCAGUGAAUGCGAGUUUUUUUGUCCACAACUAAAGUCCUAACGAUGUUAUUUUACUCAUACUGACAACUCCCGAAUGGUCAUUCAAAAAAAAAACAACGACACAUUAUACACCUGCGGCUCUUGUACCGCACUAGGGAUUGUGUCACCGCCUUUCAGCCUCCCAUGCUUUUCAGGUACCGUCCUGCCCCGUCCGGUUCCGAGCGGGCAGAUCCGUUCGGCGUGCCCGGAGACGGGCCGGCUCUGCGUGAUUGAUGGGCUCGCAGGCGGCGCGCCAAGCCCCGGCUUUAAAUGCAAAUGAGCCGCACGCACGACGGGCUGGUGCCCAUGUGGACAGGCACCAUGCCUUGUUGUUCUGCGCGCCCAUUGGCUGCCGGGGAUCGACCUGUUUUAAUUGCAUGCAAAUGCGCUGCGGGGGAAGGCUGGCGGGAAAACCCGGCACGGCGUGGCGAAGCCGGGCUCCGGCGCCCAGUGAAGAGCGGUACAUCUACCCCCCCCGUACCCUCGCCAAAGACUGCGGUAAAGGGAAAGAGCGCUUCCGGUUACAGGAGCGCUGUGUCUAUAUUCACCCAUCCAAACCACGCAAAACAUGCCACAGCCCUAAUGCUUCAGCAAGCCCAGGGCUUGUGGGCGCAGCAAUGGUGUAGCAAACCGUGCAGUUCACCCCUAGGAUGGGAGUCACGAUAGAUGUUGUUGUCUGUAUCUGUAUACAUCACACAGCAGCGCGCUGAAUGUGGGCUGAGGCGCUCGCUUCGGAGUCAGGAAUUUGAAGAUGACGCCUGGAAAGAUCCCCUCUUUCCCGACUGUGCGCGCCCUUCCUGACCCCAUUUCCCAACAUGUCAGCGCCGGACCUCGAGGGGGACUUCACUCUGGAGGCGACUGCGCACGCGACGACGGGGUGACACGCGAAGCUCCCCCCUCCUCCUCGCGCCGAAUUCACGAGCGCAGAGGCCGAUGACGUCACGCGAUGCAGACUCGCGCUCCCCGAGCCCCGUUCACGGCGUGUCCGUGUCCGUGUCCGGUUUUGCGCCGCGUCUGUAGUAUCUGGGAGGGGCCGAAGCGUGGAGAGGGAGGCGGGGAGAAGGGGGCGGGUGGAUGAGCCGUGUGUGCUUUUCGUCUUGUUGUGUUUUCUGUUACUCGCAUCGCCAUCUUGUUGCAACCCCUCUCCGUGUGUGGAAGCCGUCCGAGGAGAGGGAUCUGGGAUUUGGUUUUAUUUAUUUAUCCCCCCCACCCCGCCGAUUUCUCGGAGGAGUGGAAAAGGCGAGCAGCCGGAAGCGAGCACAGCCGCGGAAGCUCCCCGCCCUCCCCGCUCCAGAUCUGCAAGAAAAGAUCAUUUUCGAAGUAGCCGAGGUCCACUACGGGGCGAGAGAUGAGCAUCGAGACGCUUUUGGAAGCGGCGAGGUUUUUGGAAUGGCAAGCACAGCAACAACAGAAAACACGUGAGGAGAAUGAGCUCUUGGAGAAGGUGCGCUCAGACCGGGAGGCGGAGCAGAAGCGGGUGGAAGUGAUGUCACCAGUGCAGGCCAUGCGGACGAACCACGUGGGCAGGGGCGAGGAGGCGUGCCCAGAGCAUCACCCCAGCCCGCCGCCCGCGCCGCCGCCGCCGGUGCCGCCGCCGCCCCCCCAUCGGACGCUGCUGGGCCCGCAGGUGAAGGUGGAGCCCACCACCCCGCCCCAGUCCGGCAGCCCCAAGCAGCAGCUGGCCGUGCAGUCCUACCCCGGCUCCAUCAUCGCCCCUCCCUUCCUGUCCCAGCCCAACGCAGGGUCCCGGCCGGCCGGCAUCGACGACGCCAAGACGCUGGACCAGAAGAGGCGCCCAGGGGGGGCAGGGACAAGAGAAGUACAUAACAAGCUUGAAAAAAACAGACGGGCGCACCUGAAGGAGUGCUUCGAGACUCUGAAGAGAAACAUCCCCAGCGUGGAUGAGAAGAAGACCUCGAACCUGAGCGUGCUGCGAAGUGCCUUGAGGUAUAUCCAGACCCUGAAGAGGAAGGAGAAGGAGUACGAGCACGAGAUGGAGCGCCUGGCGCGGGAGAAGAUCGCCACGCAGCAGCGGCUGGCGGAGCUGAAGAACGAGCUGAGCCAGUGGAUGGACGUGAUGGAGAUUGACCGCGUGCUGCGCCAGACUGUCCAGCCCGAAGACGACCAGGCCUCCACCUCCACAGCCUCGGAGGGCGAAGACAACAUCGAUCAGGACAUCGAGGACGAGAGGCUGCCCGUGAUGCCCGGCUCCCUGCCCAAAGUGCCUCCUCUCCGGCAGCCUGAGAUCCUGAAGGCCAUCCUGCCCCAGCACCUCUCCGUGCAGAAAGCCCCCCAGCUGCCGGCGCUGCCGUCUUCCGGCCCGCCCCUCUCGACUCAGGCCCCGCCCCCCAUCGCGACCGCCCCGCCCCAGGGCGUGGCCACCACCCACGCGCACAUCGUGACGGCUCCCAGCAUGCAGCCCACCGUCAUCGCCCACGCCGCCACCGCCUCCCACGCCUCGGUCAUCCAGGCGGUCAACCACGUCAUCCAGGCGGGCGCCAAGCACAUCGCCCACAUCGCCCCUUCCUCCUCGAACUCGGUGCAGCUCGCCCCGGCCGGCCAGCCCAUCGGCCACAUCACCGUGCACCCCGUCGCCCACCUCAGCCAGCACCUGCCCACCAUCUACCCCCAGCCCGUGGCCGUCAGCCAGCCCGCCGUCAUGAGCCACAUCGCCCACACGCUCUCCCACGCCCAGGUCAACGGCACGGCCUCCAGCCAGCCUACGGCGGCCAUGGUGGGGAAGCAGACCGCCCAGGUCGUCACUCACCACCCCCAGCUGAUGAGCCAGACAGUGCUGAACCCAGUAACUAUGGUGACCAUGCCCUCUUUUCCGGUGAGCACUCUCAAGCUGGCCUGAGCGCAUGGGGCGGCGCAGAGGGAGAGAGAGAGAGAGAGAGAGCGCUUGAGCGACCAGGCCUGAGCAAGAGGUAUUGGGGGCUCCUCUUUAAAACAACAACAAAAUGCUUAGAAAUCUGGAAUGAAACCACAAACUGUGUGAGAGGGGGGGAAAAAAAGCAACAGGACUGUAAGCAGCAACUCCAUACAUUCCAAAAGACGCAAUUUUAUUUUUUUUAGUAGAAAUCUAUAAUGAAAAAAGUGUGUGUGGGGUGGGGGGAGGCGAGCAGGCGGAUAUUUGGGGUUCGCGUGCUGGCAGAACUGCGCCUGGGCGUCCCGGCUAGCUGUCCUGCCAGGAGGGGUGUGGGGUCUCGUUUGUGGGGUGUCCACACAGCAGAGAGAGUUGGGGGGGGGGGGGGGGGGUCUUUCUUGAUGUGAUGCACUGUUCUGCUCUAGACAUAAUAAUGGAAAAAAGGAAAAAAAAAUGUAUCUAUUUUUUUUAAAUAUAUAUAGUUGUUUUGUGAAAUGUUCUCAACAGCAGGGUUUCUGCACAGAAGAGCUUACUAACAGCCGGUCAGAUGUCUGUAAAUGUACUAACGUGCACCUGUAAUCUCGUUACGGGAAGUGUAAUUGUAGCAGAACUAUUGAUUAGGCCUUUCUGCAGUCACCCUGCCAUGUGUGAUGGCUGUUGUUGAAUUUGGGAAUCUGUCACGACCACCCCAGCCCUCCCCCCCCACCUCGACUGGAGCUAAGCUGGCUGCGAUUCUGUCUCGCCUGUGCCGAGCUCCAGGCUGCGUGGUGUCGGCACGGUUUGGGCCGGUCCGGAUCGGACGGAUCCAGCUCUCCCCGGGCCUGUGAUCAGCUCAUGCGACUCUCAGUAGGUGCAGAAAAGGAAGAACAGCGGGCUCGAGCCUAUGGAGCCAAGCAGCCCGAUGCGUUUUUGCAGAACGUUUCAAACCGGGCAUCUGUACUUCCUGGGCAUGAGGGAUGGUAAAAGAUGUUACUAGCAGUGAAACUAUGAGUGGCAAGAGUUUAAAAACGAGUAUAUAUGUGCUGUUGUUUAUAGUCCCAUUCCUUUAUGCUCUGUUUUGAAUGGGAACCUUAUUUUCCUGUAGAUGUAGCUGCUGUUACUGCUUUUUGAGUCUUGGCGAGUAGUGUGCCCUAUAAGACACGGCUUGGAACAGGAUCCCUUGAGGUCAGAGAUGAGCAGUUGUCUGCGGUGCUUUCAUGUCCCUGCAUGAUCACUGUGGACAGCCCAGUGCUGCCCUCUGCUGUGAAGACGGUAGUAGGGCGGCCAGUUCGGCUUUGCUCUGAAGUGCUAGAUGGACGGUAUAGUACACUGUGAAGUGUUAAUAAAGCAUUAAAUCAAGGAGUGGUUUACAGUAAUCGUAUAGUAGAACAUGGAAGGAAAGUUAUGGCUGCCAUUGUUGUCAGAGCCUUUUAAACGUGUUGUUAUGGUAGAAGGAAACUCUGGAAAGUGUAACUCGUAUAUCCAGUUUGUAGUUAACAUUCCACCCCGGCAUCCAGCAGGAUCAUUUUCCUGCCAAGCUGACAAAGGCAAAGAUCAGAGAAGAUGUGGGGCCCUGGUCCAUCUCGGCUUUUGUUUCGAACUUAAGACAGAACCAUCAUGAUGCAGCUGGCGAAGAUGUCCAUGUCACAGUGGAGAAGACCGUUUCCGCUGAUGGGAAUAUUUUAAGCCACCGCGCGACAGGAGAAACAGAGGAGCUAGUGUUAGGAAAAGCAAGGUUUCAAGAGCUGCAGCUGAAACACAAGGAAAACGAAAUGCCUGCCUGGCAGACUCCCCAGACAGUAAUACAAUGCGAGUUGUGCGGUGAGGGUGUGUGGCACCUCGGGGGUGUUUCUCCAGCGUGCAGGGCGAGGGGAGGCUGGGAUGUGUGAGACCUGUGCUGGUACCUCAGUCGCCCCCUCCUCGCGCUGUCCGUGACUGGUGUCUGCACUUGCUGCUUUGUGCAGAGCGUCUGAAUGAAGGGCGUUUGCCUGAGACACCCUCGGAACCCACAGGGAUGACAGAGAGGGGGUUGCUGGAGCCGGAGGUGAAGAGCAGGGUGAGCCCGGCCACAUGGGGGCGCCGGUGUGCCCCUCUCUCUCGGUGGGAGUGGAGGCCUGCUGUCAGCUGUACUGACGAGCAGGUGGGCAGAGUCCCCCUGCUGAGCCACGCACGUGAGCCAGACAGGGGUUCUCGUGUUCAGGUAGGGGUGUGAUGGUAAGGGAACGUGCUGGAGGUGGGUGUGUGUGUGUGUGUCGGGGGAGGGUGGGCAGGAGACACAUGUAUGUGUAAAAUUUGCGGGAGGGGUUGCUGUGGUCAGUUUACAGUGCAGGAGGUAGAUGAAGGGUCACCGUGUAGGAAGUGUAGUGCCAGUGUGGGCCAUCGUGUCUUGGCAGAGAUGCAUGAGAUUCAGAGAUUCGGUACCAGGAUAAAAUAGC